AUGCCGCUUUGGGGGACAGCGUCCGCGCCGCCGGCCGCCGAGGGCUCCGGCUCCCGCGCGCCGUCUGGCUCCGGCGGUGGUGGCGCCAAGGUGAUCCGGUCGCUGCUGCCCAGCCGCCGCCGCCUGCGCCUCGACCCGCCCGCCAAGCUCUACUUCCCAUACGAACCUGGGAAGCAAGUCCGGAGCGCGGUUAGGAUCAAGAACAUCAGCAAGUCCCAUGUGGCCUUCAAGUUCCAAACGACAGCACCAAAGAGUUGUUUCAUGAGGCCUCCCGGGGGCAUACUUGCUCCAGGAGAAAGCAUCAUAGCAACAGUGUUCAAGUUUGUGGAGCAUCCAGAGAAUAACGAGAAACCGUUAGAGCAGAAGUGCAAGGUUAAGUUCAAGAUUGUCAGCCUUAAAGUCAAAGGGCCUACGGAGUAUGUCCCUGAAUUGUUUGAUGAGCAGAAGGACCAGGUUGCAAUUGAGCAAAUUCUGCGGGUAGUAUUCUUGGAUGCUGAUCGUCCGAGCCCACAAAUGGACAAACUCAAGCGCCAGCUUGCUGAAGCAGAAGCCGCCCUUGAGGCACGCAAGAAACCUCCAGAGGACAACGGUCCCCGUAUUGUUGGUGAAGGCCUUGUGAUUGAUGAAUGGAAGGAACGAAGAGAGAGAUACCUUGCUCGCCAGCAGAUCGAAGGGGUUGAUUCAGUGUAGACACGGUGGCUGUAAACUCUGAAAACCAUCGGUUGCUUGAACAUACCAUCUUAUAGGCGCAACAUACCAUCCUUCGCACUCCAUUUGUUGAAUGGUUUUGGGGGCUUUUGUGAAGGUUCGGCUUGGAACAAGAAUGAGGCUUUGUGUAAUUAGGAUUUGAGCUUCAUGCUGCAUUUCUUCCCUGGGUCUGUAUGUAGAUUACAAUCACUGCUUGAUAAUAAUAUCUUCUGUGCUAAGUCA